AUUUCCCCCACGAGUCCGAGCAGGAUGCUGCCCUGUCCUAUCACUUCCACCCCCUUCUCGGUCAAAGACAUCUUAAAGCUGGAGCAGCAGAGCGCUCAGAGCGGGGACCCUCAGGGAUUCCUCCCCCAGGAUCUGCAAGAGCCUCCGGCCCUGCAGCCACCCCCUGCUUGCCUGCGCAAGAAACGAGAGGCUGCCUACAAUUCUGGGGACCUUCCCUUCCCGGUGGAAGUCGAUCAUCGCGGAAAUUGCAGGAGGCGUGAGGAGGAGUAUGAGCUCCUGAGAAGCUCCUGUGAAGAAGACGACGACAUGGACCUAAGCAAAUCUCUGGCCGCGGACUCUUUCGAGACCCCGGAGCAGAAAGGUGACCCGUGCGAGCGGCCCAACCCAAGGCAGAGGCGGAAACCCAGGGUUUUGUUUUCUCAAGCUCAAGUUUUCGAGCUGGAAAGGCGGUUUAAACAGCAGAAGUACCUCUCGGCUCCGGAACGGGAGCAUCUCGCCAGCCUGCUGAAACUCACCUCCACGCAAGUCAAGAUCUGGUUCCAGAACAGGAGAUACAAGUGCAAGCGCCAAAGGCAAGAUAAAUCGCUGGAGUUCUCUGCCCAUCCCCUUCCUCCCAGGAGAGUAGCGGUCCCUGUACUUGUCAGGGACGGCAAGCCCUGCCUUGGGGGCUCACAGGCUUACACGGCCCCUUAUAACGUCCCGGUCAGCCCUUACUCCUACAACACCUACUACAGCGGUUACAGCAAUAGCCCGUACAGCGCAAACUACAGCGGUAGUUACGCGGGGGGGCCCGCUAGUGCCGCGCCCGCCGGUCACAUCAUGAACAUGAGCUUUAGUGUCUCCAGCGCUGCUCAGAGCCAGCAGAGUCACUUGCAAGCCACGCUGCAAGCAGGGAUCAGGGCUUGGUAAAGGUCUCCCUUGAAACAGUCCACCUGGAAGAUGCUGAACCUCUGCAGGGCAGGACGGGGAUCAGAAAGCCCGGACCAGGACAGUUCCUGCUCAAUCCCCUUCCACCUUCUUCCGCCCCCAGGGCCGGGUGCUGGGCCUCCCCAUGGACACUGUGUCUUUUAAAAGACGUUGUACUGGAAGAAGGGGCUCUCUGGCGCUUUCAAUUUCUGAUCCCUGGGGACUAAGCUCCUGCUCCCUUUAUUUAUUUAACAUGGGUGUUUUUAAAUACAGCCCUUUCUCUCUCUCACCUCCUGCCCCCCAAAAGUAUUUGCUUCUCCAGAAUGCAAGAAGAGUAGUGAUCACGCGAGCUCAACCAACCAACCUCGUGUCUUUCCUAAAGACAAAUGUGAAAGUACUGGGUGUGCACGUUUCUGCACAUUUAUUUUCAGCUGACCAUUUUAUUUAAUUCCUAAACAAAAACAAAAAAAACUUGUAUCCUCGGUGAUAUACCGAUCUUCAUUCCUGCCCAGCACACAUUUUCCCUGUGUGUAUUUUUUUCCAAUAAAAAAAAUGAAAAAACCACCAAUUUUUUCAAUUACACUGUUCACACUUUUUUAAAAAACAAAAACAAAAAAACAACUCUUUCCUGUAUCUAGCCCCAUUCAAAAAAAGUGCAGUUACCACGAAAUCCGAUUCAGCACAGCGAUUGGAAAUAAAGGCUCAAAUUACCAAAGAGAGAGAGAGAGAGAGAGGUCAGAGCCUCAUGGCCUGAGCACAGCUCUGAGAGCCAGGAAUUGUGGAGUUCUGAUCUCUGACACAGCCUCCUUUCCCUUCAACCCUGGGCAAAUCCUUGAACCUCUCCGCUUCCCUUCCCCAUACCUACAAUAGGUUUAUUUUAUUUCACAGGAAAGCGGUGAGGGUUAAUUAAUUAGUUGCUGGGUCAGAUCUUCAGCUGGUGUCCAACAGCUUAAUUAUAGUGAUUUCAAAAGGAGCUAUGGCAAUUUACACAGCUGAGGCUCUGGCUCUCUCUAUAUGAAGUGCUUUGCAGGUUACAAGAACUACAUAAGUAUUAAAUCUGGAAGAGCCGAACCCUGUUUCCAAGCCUGAGGAUGAGAGCUUUUCAAGAAUCACUUCUGUGCUGGCAUUUUCAGGGGCAUUAGAUAUGUUGUAAAUAGCUACACUGAUCAGUUUGGUUGAUACUGUAGAAAUCUUUUUCGAUGACUAAAUAAGGACAUGGUUUUAUUGAAAUUUUUUAUAUUAUUAAAGAAACGCUGUGUAAAAGGAUUAAUAUUUCUCUACACCGGAAUGGCAAGAGGUAGAACUACCGCCCAGAGGAAGAUGCUGCUGUCAGAAAGGAAAAAUUGUUUCAGACAGGAAGCUGUCACACUUCUAAACUUUUUUUUUUUUCCUCCUGAGUAUGGUGAGAGUUCACAGGGGCCAUAAUUUUACCCGUUCAUUUUUUAUCACAAACACGGUGGGUCAGUCUACACACAGGUGCCAUUAAUGUCAAUGGGAGUUCCCCAGCAGACAGACAUAGAUAUGGCCAAUACAGUCUGCGUCCAAUACAAAUGAGGCCAAUUCUGCUCACCUUACUUGUGUGAGUAGCCCCAGAGCCAAUGUGCAUCCAACAACUAGGCCAUUCAAAGAUGCCUUCUAGCUUUCAAAUGUAGAAUCAAAGAGAUCACCUUUCUAACUGGAAAAUUAAUUAUCUGAAGCAUGUUUGUGUUGAAAGACAUGGUCUUAACAGAAAAGAUGAUUCCACAGUGUAUUAUCCCAGACAUUACACUUAGCCAUUACAGUGAUGGGACCACAUAACUACCUAGAUAUAGACAGUAGCUACCAAAAAUAGCACAUAUCCCAAAUAUGUCAGGUAACAACAUGCAACUCCUCGGCCAGGCCCUCUGGCACAGCAUAUUUGCUGUCACUGCGAGGUUAGGCUCCAAAGAAAGCAUUGCAUGUUGUGGCUUGACAUAGCCUCGGGCACAAGACAGCACUUGAAAAGCAGGUGUGGGAUAUACCUUUCGCUCCACGUCACCAAUAUGCCAUGAAAGAAACCCAGACCCUCUGACUCAGCCACAAUAGCUUGGGUGAGCUGUUUUAUUCUUGCUGGGUUCCCUUACCCGGGAUGGUGAGAAACGGGUGUAUGGAGAACUCUACCCCCUCGGCUAAACUCUGGUUUCCACUUACAGCAGUAAAAAGA